UCCAUUAACAAGUUCGUUUCUUUUCUUUUUCCUUUUUUUUUUAGCACGACAAAAGUCAAAUGGAAGAAUACUCAGAUGACGAGCAACAACGUUCUUCUCAAGCAUUGCACGUUCAAACGCCGUUGAUUCAUUCGCCAAAACUUAGUAUCAAACUUGACUGCAACAUUUACUUUAAAAUAGAAAAUGUACAGCCGUCAGGCUCCGUCAAAAUGAGAGGUAUUGGUAAUUUUUGUUAUAAGGCAGUACAGUCGAGAGGAACGGAUAUCCAUCUCGUUUGUGGGUCUGGUAUCAACACUGUACUAGCAGUGGCUUAUUGCGCUAGACAAUUGAAUGUGAGCGCUAUUACUGUCAUGCCCAAAGACACAGCAGCUUCGAUUUGCGAUGCAGUGAGAUUGGAAGGAACUCAUUUAAUUUUAUAUGGCGAGGAUUGGCCUGCAGCAGACGAACACGCACGGAAGCUAGUGAAAAGAAAUAGGUAAUAUAAAUCAAAUUACAGAGAAGUCUAUCUGUUUCAUUUAAGCUAUUUAUGCAGCGUAUACGUACCCUCUGCAGAUCACUCAGAUAUAUGGGAGGGACAUGCCAGCAUUAUUCGUGAAUUAAAAGAGCAACUUCAAGGCAAUCCUCCUGCAGCUAUUAUAUGUCCAGUUGGUGGAGGUGGGUUAUUGAAUGGUGUGAUCACGGGCUUA